CUUGAAAGCUGGCCGCUCAUGAAUGGCUUCGCUUGCGAUACGAAACCUCCAUUGCACAUCGGGGAGUUGAGAAUCGUUAUCUCUCCUUCGGGGGCGAUAUCGGGGGAAUUUUUGAUUGCACUCUCUGCAUAAGAGACUCUUUCAUUGGGAACUGGGCUGCGUGCUCGGUCUUGAAGAAGAGACUGGUAUGAGGAUGGAUGGGAAGGUAGACACGCCGCUGGUCUCACCAACCGCUGCUGUACUUUAAGAUGUAUGUAUUUGCUGUGGCAGACCUGAUUGAAUUGCUAUUGGGUUUCUGAACUGUUGUCCUAUCACUGAAGCUGCCGGAGGAUCGUAACUCUAGACGCUCGAAUUGGCAAGCAGCGAAGCCUUGCUCGAUCUCUCAACGGGAGCUCUGCCCUUAAUUGUGUACAACUUUCACGCUUCCAGACUCUGCUACUUGUAUUCUGUAAUCAAAGAAGCCGAAGCACCAAGCCAUGCCGGCAAUGAAUACGAGUCGUGCUACGAAGAGCUCCCUGGCUACGGGCUUAAUGCUAUCCUCGGCGAACCUUCCUUGACGUCCUCACAAAGCCUCUUGUUCGACAACGACACCAUUAACUACUCCAUCGCCGCCGUCUUCUCCACGCGCUCCUCAAGAUCAUCAUCGCACAGCAGCUACGAGUCUACGCUGGAAACAAUGGCAGACACAUCGUCCACAGCCUUUCGAACAACCUACAUGGAGCUUCACGAUGACCACAAGAUGACUGACGGGCGUUCACGAGUGGCGGUGACCCACAUCCACAAAGAGGACUUCCCGUGGCAGAUGAAGUGUUCCUUCUAGGCUUUUGCCGCAUCUCUGAGCCGUUACUCAAGCGCGUGACGGUCAAGAUGCAUGUACGGAGGGAAGGUGAACACAUAAUUGCAAACGCCGCAGACUGGCAUGGCAUGGGAUGGCAUGGCACAACAUGGCGGCAAAAAAGGUAAAUAGGUCAAUUUCCUCCUCAUAGGUAACACAAGCAAGUUACAAUUUCAUUAUAUUCUCCUUCUCGCCUUUUAUAUCCCUUCCUCUGCUCUCACAAUGGCUAUGAACGUCUCUGGCAAAACAGCCAUCGUCACCGGAGCAGGCUCCGGCAUCAACCUCUCCUUCGCCAUCAAGCUCCUCGAGAAAGGCUGCAAUGUCGUCUUUGCAGACCUUGCCCUCCGUCCAGAAGCAGAAGCAGUAGUAGCGAAAUACCCUCCCACCUCCAGCGGCGCAAAGGCGGUCUUCCAGCAGACAGAUGUGACGGACUGGGCACAACUGGACCGAAUGUUCGCUGUAGCCAUCGAGCAAUUCGGCGGAGCUGAUAUCGUCUGCCCUGGAGCAGGAAUCUACGAACCACCCUCCUCCAACUUCUGGCACCCCCCAGGCACCCCACCAUCGAAAGACGACCCCUCCACCUCCCGCUACGCCCUCCUCGACAUCAACCUCACACACCCCAUCCGCGUCACCCAACUCGCCAUCUCGCACUUCCUCGCGCACAAGAAACCCGGCACCAUCCCCCACAUCAGCAGCGUCGCCGGCCAAGCCCCCUUCUUCCCCACCCCCGUCUACGUAGCCACCAAGCACACCAUCUCCGGCUUCGUGCGGUCCCUCGCACGUCUGGAAACUCCUCCGGCAGACAGCGGCCUCCCUAAAAUCCGCGUCACGGCCGUGGCGCCAGCGAGGAUCCUGACGCCGCUGUGGACGGAUAAUCCUGAUAAGAUGAAGAUGGUGGGGGAGAAGCCUGGGUGGGUGACGCCAGAGGAGGUGGCGGAUGUGAUGAUGGAUUUGGUGGAGGGGGAGGUGAAUGUGGGAGGGACGAUAUUGGAAGUUGGGAGGACGGUGAGGAGGGUCGAGGUGUAUGAUGAUCCGGGGCCGAGGGGAGGGGGGAAUUUCGUUGAGAAUGAUCCGGGCUACGAGGAUGAUAUGUGGGUGCUGUUGAAGAAGCAGUUUGAUGGCGAGUAGUGCUCGUCCUCAUAUCUGAAUGCUAUUUGUGAAUUUCAUUGGGCCUGAUAGGCUAUAUAUGACACUUGGUGGCUGCCUGCACUCGCUCUGUGUUGGAACUGUUCUCCCAUUUCUCGUCCAGCACUCAUGAUUUUGAAGCACGGAAUCACUGGGGCCUGCUUUGACUUCUAU